UUUUAAGUCUAACAGGAUUAUAAACAGGAUGUGAACCUCAAUAUUACAAAAGCAGUCUAGUCGGGUAACGAAACUGUUCACGCCUAUUUUGGUUUUGUGUCCGGAGGCUGCCUAGAGACCGACCGCAUCUGAGAUGAAGUAACACCUUUAAAGUGAAAGAGCAAUGUGGGACACGGCGAGGCUGUUUAAAAGCUAAGAGUUUCUUGAGAGGUCCAGCUCGAUAGUAGAGAACACACGUGUGAUAUUAUAUUCAUUAUUAAGCUGUUUACACUUGUACUCAUCUGCAGCACUCAAGCAGCUCUAAUUAUCAAGGGAUCUGAAUUACAGUUGAAGAUGAAGUUUGCUCUUCUGAUAAUUUUCCUCUUGAUCAACUCUCCUGUAGCCAAUUGUCAUCACUAUCAUAGCAGUGAUUCCGACAGUCAUGAGAGAGGCAAUCGUUACCCAGGAAUUCGACUCUGGCCUUGGUUCCCUUUUUGCCGUAUCUUUCCUGGUCUGUGUCGAAGGCCACCACCUGCUCCUACCACACCUCCACCUCCACCUCCAACUGUGCCUCCAACACCAAAACCAACCCCAACCCCAGGCCGAACCCCAACUCCAGGCAAAACCACGAAGACCACAGAGAACCCGCGAGGAGACAACGGAUAAACUUCACUGAUCAGAGCAAGAACAGCAAAUUUAUUCUACAUCACUUUCACGUCAUUCUUCAACAACAGAGAGUGUACUAAGUGAUAUGGAAAUGUGUGCUAAGUGUGUAUUUUUUUUUGUUUUUUUCACAUUUCAGUAUUGGUUGAGCACCUUUUCUACAAUCUUAUGUAUCUUUCUAGUGAUUCCCUUCAUCUUUAAUCCCAUUUUAAUCACCAUAAUGUGUUGUUCACCUCUUUUUCAUAUCAUAUCAAGAUCAAUGUAAAAACCUGAAGAAUGUAGUGAUAUAUUGUGAUUUAAAAUUGAGAUAGGCCCUCAGUCUGGGUGUAAUUAUGAGUUUUGCUGGAGGUUGGUCUCAGGACGGCAGAGGAGACACCUGUGGGAGGAUGCUGACAUCAUGCCGGUGAAAUAUAUGCUCAGUGGGCACACACACACCAUCAUCCCCAGAUCAACUCAGCUUAAGAAAGGGAUGAGUGUUGAGCCUUUAAUGCCUGACUCUCUGCUUCAUCAGUCUGUCGGACUGUUUUUAUCAUGACUCAGCCUCUUGACCAAUAUUCCCAUUCCUUGCACUGCACUGUCAUGUCUUUGCCGCAUUUAUUCAAAGAAACUUUGACAUAAAAUAUGUCUACCUAGAUAAUCAAAAAGUAUACUUCUGUUACUGUUUCAAUGUGUAACUGUAUCACAGAUCUCUCAUGUAAAAUGUUUGAAACAGUGGGUUUUGUGCAGCUUCUAAUUAUGAAUGUAAUCUUUUUUUCUCCAAGUUUCUGCUUUUCAUAUGUUCUUGCACUGAAUACUGAAUAUUUUUGCAUGUUUUAUUUGAUGGGGAUUAAAAAAAACAACCAUUUUUAAUAACAAGAUACAUAUGGAGAUGGCAUUUUUGUGGUCAGUUUUAUUUUUAUUCAUCGUGGGGCAAUU